AUGACUUCAAUAGGAAGACCUAAACGACACCGAAAACCAAACUUCACGGAACAGGAAAAGAUGAUUGUUUUAGAAGAAUUUGAGAAAUGUAGAAAUAUCCUUCACGCACGUUCGUGUGACGGUGUCACGACGGAUAGGAAACAAGCAGCGUGGCAAAGUAUAGCCGAAAAACUGAAUUCGUAUAAUAAAGCCGUGAAGCGUACGGGUGACGAUAUAAGAAGUAAAUGGAAGAAAAUGAUAAACGAAGCCAAGAAAGAAGCGGUUCAACGUAAACGUAAAAUGCCAAACAGUAAUCGACCUUUGCCACCUAUAUCUACUAUCUCUCAGAGGAUCAUAGAUAUGUACUCGGAUUCUCCUUCGUUUGCGGGCUUAGCCGAUAACGACUCGAAUCCCGAUAUGAAACUAAAGUUUUUGAAACUUUUAUGGGAUGAAAGUGAUAAAGAAGAUAAUAACGAAGAUGCUGAAGAUGAAACGAGCGUAGAAGAUCAUAGGGUUGUCAGUACGACGUCCAGUCCCAGAAAAUCAAACAAUUCCGUUUACCACGCGGACGAACCACCUGCAGCUAGUUCUUCUUAUUGUCCGACUUCGUGGCCCACACCUGUUAUUGACUCUAUAUCUUCCCUGUCUGUAGUCCAAAACGGACGAGGACUCCAACAUCAUAAACAGCUUAGCGAAGAUGAUGUGCAUUCUCUUCAGCUGGAAGUAUUAAAGAUGGAGAAGGAGAAGCUGAUAAUGGAGAUGAGAGUGUUGGCAAAAAAAGAAGAGAAGUUAGAUCUGGAAAUGAAUUAUUGGCGCCACAAAAACAUUCUCAUACAAUCCGCAUCCGAUAUGUAG